CUACCUGAAAAUCUUAGAAAAGUUAAUCUUCAUCAGACUCGACUGGUGGCUCGAGAAAUAUGAAAGACUUCCCACCUCACAGUUUGGUUUCCGUAAAUUCCGUUCAACCCAUGAUAACCUAUCUAUACUCACCACCGAGAUACACACCAGCUUCAUCAGAGGCACUUCCACUGCCUGUCUUUUCCUCGAUCUUUCCAACGCUUUCGACGACGUCAUUCCGUCCAUCCUCAUCUCAGAUCUUAUCGACCUUGGCAUGCCUCCAGUCUUGUGUCACUUCAUUUAUUCCCUUACUCAUUCUCGAAAUCUCCAAUUCGUUUACAACGGAGAAGUAUCUGAUACUCGUUACACCUACAAAGGUGUCCCCCAAGGCUCAAUUCUUAGUCCUAUCCUCUUUAACAUCUAUGUUUCAAAACUCCAUAAACAUAUAGGUAAAGAAUGCGAACUGAUUCAAUUUGCAGACGACAUCGUUAUCUUUGUCAGCUCUCGUCACAUCGACAAGACCCUGGUGGCGUUGGAAAGCUCGGCGAAUCAAGCCUCUAAAUACCUCUCCUCCAGAGGUCUUAAUGUCUCUCCCGCAAAGACUUCCCUCAUAGUUUUUAUCAAGAAACGAGUCAAUCCUUGCAGUUUCUCCAUUAACCUUUGCAACACCGUUAUUCAAUCAUCAGACACUCACAAAUUCCUUGGAGUUAUCCUGGAUUACCGCCUCCUUGGUAACCAGCACAUACAGAUGCUUACUACUCGCUGCUCAAAACUCCUAAACAUCAUCAACAUGUUGAGAGGUACAUGGUGGGGAGGGUCUCCCCUCUCCCUCCUACUCAUAUAUAAAUCCUUGAUCAGAGGAUCCAUGGAAUACGCCUGCCUCUCCUUUCCAUAUAACAGUUUUUCCUCCUUGCGUCACCUCGAAAGCAUACAACUCCGUUCGCUUAGAGCAUGCCUAGGCUUGCGCAAAACUACGCCAACUAAUGUGGUCCUCGCGGAAGCCGGGGAAGGUCCUUUAAGAUUUAGAUUUGAAUACUUAACCUCCAGAUACAUUCUCAAAAUCUUUGCCCUGGAUUCUCAUCCCCUUAUUGAUAAACUUUUCGGACUCCUUUGGUAUUCACGUAAAACCCGCAAAACCAACCCCUCGGAAAAAUUUUUACUCUUCAAAACUUUCAAUAAAUUUCUCCCCAUGAAAACUCAUAUCAAAAAAUUCGACUUCCCGGCACUCUAUUCUACAAAUUACGACGCACUGACAUUCUUUCCUCCUGUCAUCAUCACUUCUCCAAUAGAAUCAGAAAACAUUAAAAACGCCUCUGUACCGCAACUCAUCUUUAUGGACAUCUAUAACGCUUUUAUCCAUUUUCACACCUGUUUUUACACAGACGCUUCCAAAAAUAACCCCGAGGAUUACGUAGGAUUUGCCAUCUACUCUCCGUCACCUCAUCUCCAACUAAUGUACAGAGUGCAGCCCUAUUCCUCCAUCUUCUCUGCUGAAGCCCUUGCCAUUCUUCACACACUUGAACACAUUCAUUCAAAUUCAAUUUCUAAAUCAGUCAUCUUUACGGACUCCAAAAGCGUCUCAGACGCCCUUCUCUCCAUUAACAUGGCUCAUUCCUAUAACUAUAUCAUUUUUUCCAUAAAGCAAAAGCUCUACGAAAUAAAACUUAACGGUUUAGAAGCCAUUAUCAUAUGGAUCCCGGCUCACUCAAGCAUUCUUGGGAACGAAACUGCAGAUUUUCUAGCGAAAAAGGCCGUCUCAGCAGGAAAGCUAACGGACAAGAAACUCCCACAUUCAGACUUCUUCUCUAUUCCACGAAGAAGAUACAUCGAAUCCUCUUCCAGACUUCUUAAAAUCCAGGGGAAAAACAAAGGAGUGUCUUACUUUGCAACCUUCAAUGAAAUCACACUGAAACCUUGGUUCCACAAACUCAAACUCGACAGAGAGAGCAUUGUUACCUGCUGCAGGUUAAGAAGUGGCCACUACGCACUCAACUACAGCUUACACCGCUGUAAUCUGGUUGCAGAUCCAUCUUGCCAGUGUGGAUUCCGGUAUCAAGACGCAGACCACAUUUUUUGGAGCUGUCCUCUAUUCAGCACACAAAGGACUCUCCUCCUCAAUCAAUUUAGAAGAUUCAAGAGUUUGACACAACCUUACAAAAUUCGAGAACUACUGGCGGAACCUUUCCCUGGACUUAUAUGUGCUCUCCUUUCCUUCCUAAAAUCCUGUAAAUUGCAGAUUUAAUACCAUUAUACUUUAAUAUUACCACCUUCAGUUUAUCAUAACUACACCUGUUGUUGGCCUGAAUCUCACGAUCAUUUUUCGGAGGUGGCCAUUUAAACUUAAAGAAGAAGAAGAAGAUCAGAGGUGGCCAUUUAAAUUCAAAGAAGAAGAAGAUGGCAUGCUUCGAAUAUAGCGUUUAACCUAACCUAACAUUUAUAUUAGUACGGAAUAGAAAGAAAAGUACAACGUUCGCGUCAAUCACGUUUUCUUACGUUCUUUAUAAUAAAUUUCAUUUAAAGCAAAGAAUGGUUGAAAAGUGCUAUUUAUAUUUUCCAAAAAAAGUCUUACAUUGAUACACACUCAUCAACAGUGGCUAAACGCGUGUGGGCUAAAUGAAUAGGAUGAUGUAUCAAACGUUUAUAUUUGUACUAGACAUUUCGAAUCCAGCGUUUUUAGAAUAAAAAAUAAAAGACUAAGGUUACAUCGUGGAGCGAUCCCUACAAUAGGUGUUCUACAUCCAGUAGUGAAAGAAA